GACGAGCUUACAGAAUUGCUGUAGUCUGUUUCAGCAGCCUCGCCCUUAGCGUCACCCUUUCCAGUUUUUCUUGUAACCUUGAGUUCCAAAACGUGUUUGCGACGCCGUGCCAGGAAGUGGAAAGAUUGUAACACCGAGUGUAUUAAUUAUUCAGAGCGCAGACUUUCAAAUAUACAUUGUAAAGAUUAAAGUCCCUGCAUUGAAAGACAGUCGACACAAAUACAUAAAUAAAACUACCGCAAAUUGCAAUUUGAUUCAGUGACAUCAACGAAACACUACGCCAUGUCAACAGAGGGAAUUGUGGUAUUUUUUCAAGACCAUGCGACAGGAAUCGGUGCUGCGGCGGUUGCCGGAAUGUGUCUGCUCACACUGCGGAAAUGGUUUGCCGGGGGAGUUUGCAGGAGCAAGGCGAGGCUGGAUGGGAAGACAGUUUUAAUCACCGGUGCCAACAUAGGGAUUGGCAAGGAGACUGCGCAGGACCUGGCACGAAGGGGGGCGCGGGUCAUCAUGGCAUGCAGAGAUAUGGACAAGGCCAGCGAGGCAGCAGAGGAGAUCAGGCAGAAGACUGGCAACGGUAACGUGGUCAUCAAGAAGCUGGACCUGGCCUCCCUGGAGUCCGUACGGCAUCUCGCUGAGGAAAUCCAGCACGAGGAGGAACGGCUGGACCUUCUCAUCAACAAUGCAGGGAUUAUGAUGUGUCCAAAGUGGAAGACGGAGGACGGGUUUGAGAUGCAGUUUGGCGUCAAUCACCUGGGUCACUUCCUGUUGACAAACUCCCUCCUCGAUCUGCUGAAGAAGUCCUCUCCCAGCCGCAUCAUCAACGUGUCCAGCUUAGCUCAUGAGAAAGGCCAGAUUCACUUUGAUGAUAUUAACCUGGAUAAGGACUACGACCCUUACAAAAGCUACAGGCAGAGCAAGCUGGCUAACGUCCUCUUCACCAGGGAACUCGCUCACAGACUGCAAGGUGCAGGGGUGACUGCUAAUAGCCUGCACCCAGGAGUGGUAAACACUGCACUCGGAAGACACAUAUCGCCUACCAUAGCUUUAUGGAAGAGGAUUAUAUUCGCCCCAUUUAUCCUGCUCCUGUUGAAGACUCCAUGGCAGGGAGCUCAGACCACAAUCCACUGUGCCGUGGCUGAAGAGCUGGAGCACACCAGCGGUUUGUACUUCAGUGACUGUGCUCCCAAGGAAGCCGCCUCUCAAGCUACAGAUGAUGAAGCAGCCAGAAGACUUUGGGAGCUGAGUGCACAGAUGGUGGGCCUAAAGCAGUGAUUGCAUCCUUUUGGAGCUUUCAGUAUUUAGGACAGGGGUUGGGGGGGGGGGGGGG